GCUCGACGUAUACGAACCACGGCGCACGGGCAUGCGCGCGGACCACGUGAAAACGAAAGUGACAGGUGAUCGAACCAGACUGUGACUUGUGAUUGUGAACUCUGGAGCAGUGCUCGAAGCUGUGAUAUCCCGUGACUGUUGCUGGACCUGAAAACGCCUGUGAAGGUUUUCAAAAUCCGAGUAACUUGCAAAUAUAUGUCACCAAGAUAACGUUUUGGCCGCUGACUGACAUUGGACUGUGACUAUGAAGAGGACCAGGAUACUGCUGGCGAUCGCGACGCUCCUGUUACAGGAUGCAGUUUGCGAGCCACCUGUGGAUUCGGCUUCGUUGCCCCUAGAACACCGAGCGGGCGGCGGCUACGGCCCGCCGCUGCCUCCCGCCCACACAGACGACCCCUGGCCCCUCGCCACGCCCGACAGUCCGAAGAUAAAACACCUUCAAGUUCAGUGCGAGAAGACCCACAUGCGGGUCAAUAUAGAGUUCGACAGACCAUUCUACGGCAUGAUAUUCUCCAAAGGGUUCUACAGCGACCCUCACUGCAUGCAUUUAAAACCUGGUACCGGUCAUCUGAGCGCGACGUUUGAAAUCUUCCUCAACAGCUGUGGUAUGUCGAGCUCUGCGAACCACAACGUAGCCAGUUACGGAAGCCCAACGCCCAGUGGCUCCUACGUGGAAAACACGAUUAUUGUACAAUACGACCCUUACGUUCAAGAAGUAUGGGAUCAGGCACGAAAAUUACGAUGCACGUGGUACGACUUUUACGAAAAGGCAGUCACAUUCAGACCCUUCCAGGUGGACAUGCUGCAUGCCGUCACGGCUAACUUUCUUGGCGACAACCUGCAGUGCUGGAUGCAAAUUCAAGUCGGAAAAGGACCCUGGGCCUCAGAAGUGUCUGGUAUUGUCAAAAUUGGACAGACUAUGACAAUGGUGCUCGCAAUUAAGGACGACGAGAACAAAUUCGACAUGCUCGUGCGAAACUGCGUAGCACAUGACGGCAAAAGGGCACCUAUUCAAUUGGUCGACCAAUACGGAUGUGUGGUCAGGCCAAAGAUUAUGAGCAAAUUCCAGAAGAUAAAGAACUUCGGUCCUUCUGCUUCUGUUGUAUCAUUUGCUUACUUCCAAGCCUUCAAAUUCCCCGACUCAAUGAAUGUGCACUUCCAGUGUGUCAUCCAGGUUUGCAGAUAUAAUUGUCCUGAGCCAAAAUGCGGCGGCCUCGGAGCAGAUUAUGGAGUGCCGCUGCUCGGUGGCAACUCACUGAGCGCUGGAGAAUACGGCGUACCUAACUCGCCUCACGCUGAGUAUGGACCGCCACCACAAUCGCCACACUCAGAGUACGGCGUGCCCCCUGCGUUCCCAGACCCGAGACAUCCCGCGGACGCCACGGGAGCUUUCUCGGAAAAGCGAGACGACGCCGUGCCGCCACCCCAAGCGCAAGUGUCCUCAACGCCAAACGCACCUAGUCCCUCAUCGCCCGCGCCCGCGCGCGAGGACGACGAAGUGAACCUACCGCCGCCACCGCCGCCCGGCCGCCGCGGAGUCUACAACACCGUCAAGAGGAAAGACGAGGGCCACGGGAACCUAGCGACGCUGGGCGGCCGCCCGCGGUCAGUGGAGGACUUGCCAGAGAGAUUGGUGGGCGUGAGGAGACGACGAGAAACGUCGACGCCGACGAGGAUUUACAAGCGCGACGCGCAGGAGAUGACGGACGUGAACACGAGUCGCACCAUCCAGGUGGUGGCGCCGGGCGACGUGAACUUCGCGCUGAACAACGCCGCGGGCAACGAGACCGUGGUGAUCCAGUCGCCGGCGUCGGACCCGGAGACGAUCUGCAUGUCGGUGCCGUCGUUCGUGGCGGGGCUGGUGAUGCUGCUGCUGGUGCUGGUGGUGGCGUCGCUGGUGGCGGCCUUCCUGUUCGUCCGCGUGCGCGCGCUGGACCGCAAGGGCCACGGCGCCGCCGCCUACUACGAGACCGACUACGUGAAGCACACCAACUAGUGCCGUGCAGUGUGACGCCAGGACGUUCCAUAAACUCUUCUCGGAUCCAAAGAGCGCGCUUCGGCCCCGGCCGGACGGCGCGGCGCUGUCGCGGUCGCGAUCGAAGCCCGGUGACAUGUGAGUUAUUUAUUUAGUUCUAGUGAGCGUGAUGUAUAUGUUCGACUGUUGUUUUGUAAAUUAUUUUAUUCGUGUGGAAAGCACUCCCUGUACUGCCUUUAUAGUCGAUACGUCUGUUGUAAUUUUGUAAAGAGUCGUAAGUAAGGAAAUAGAAGUAAGGAAGUUGUAUACCAAUUAAAAAGUGUCGCGUGAG